AUGAAAGUAAAGAGGGAAAACCUCUGUUGGGCGUUCCGCAUACCUUCACCUGCAGUUGUCCCAGCAGAAAGUGCAUUGCACGUAGCACCCAACGAAGCCAACAACCACUUUCUAAUUGAGUACUUUGACAAUAACGAAAAUGCUACGCUUGAGGAUUUUGUCAGAGAAAAUAAAGCAAGACUUCGAUGUGCCAACAGUAAUGUCAAACAAUACUGGACUGGGCUUUCUCACAAAGUGUCAAGAGACUUGAAACGUCAAGUACUUGGUACGCCAGACUGGGGUAGCGUUUAUGAGUUCCUGUACCUAAAUGCCCCCGUUGCUGUCGCUGCUGUCGGUCCUGCAACCGAUGAUGCUACAAAAUCAUGUCGGUUUCUUGUGCAAAUGCGAGAGGCACAUCGGAAGAUGCAAGACAAGUGGGUGCUGCCAUCUGGCGCUUGUGUCGAAAAUGAGAUGGUUAAUUAUUGCAGCACACUGGACUUUCAGCAUUACAUUCUCGACACAAACGAUAGCUGCUGGGAAAAUGUCUUCAGCGAUGAAGAUUUGAAAUACAUCAGAACUCAUUCCCUGCCCAAGAUAGCAUCUGUUGAAGACGAAGACGUCAUUUCGUAUAUCCGCUCGUUAAAGGAUAAGAAAACAUACAAUGAAAUAAUGAUGCAUCUGACAAGGCACGCCCCAUACACUGACGAAGAAAAGUACGACAUCACCUGGCUACGCCAGUCAGUCAUGAACUUGGCCAGCAACUAUCGAUCAAAUUUCUUAAUAAAGGCAGCGGAGAACAAAGAAGCCCUGGCAACCAGCGAAGGCAGAAAUAUGAAAAGAACUCUAAAAGAAAGAAAGCUGCAUAGGACACGCGUGGAUCUCCGAUUUGUCUACGAUGGCGUAGAAAUCGCUUGUGGUGAGGCCGGUCGCAAAAGCGAAGGUGAAAGGGGCACGAAAGAGAUGCAUGAAAGCCAGUUGAAAUGCCCGAAGACACUGCGCGACAUGUUUGUCAGCUUGGCGAAGAAAUACACGGGCACCAAGCAAGACGUGAUAACAUUCGGCUUCAUAAUGAUGGGAUUUUCAAUCUCAUUAUUAUUCAUGGAUUGCCCUGGGCGCAGUGUCUGUCGUCUAACGCGCCUGCCGAAAUACCACGUAACUACCGAUAUCGAUGCAUUCACAGAUAAUGUAUUACCGAUAUUGGAUAUUCUUCUACAAGUCAAACACACGAUGCUGCGCGUCAUCAAAGCAGCUAGAUCUAGCAAACCUCCUCCAGCCGACCUCGCCAGCACUCAUGAGUUUUACAUUCCGUUUUCUGCUUCUCCUUCGAGAUCCUCUGUUUCUAAAUCAUUAACGUCGGAUAUCUCUGGAUCACACAGAACAUGCAUGGAAGACUUAAAACCAACUGACGACCUUGAAGAGGAUAAACAAGGCCAUUCCGGACGAUCAUUGCUCCUAUUUGUGAAGGAGGUCCAUGACGCGGGAUACGACACACUACCAUCAGUUAGCAUCCCGAACAACCUCGCCAAGUAA